UGGUGGAUAAAGACUCUGUGGCAAAGUCCCCCCUGACCUGCAGGACCAGCAGAGAUCCAAUUGCCUCCAGUGUCCCACCCUGGUCCCUGUGGUCUCUCCACUCCAUGGCCCCCCUGGCACAGACCCUGGCACUGCUGGCAAUGGCCAUGGCCACCACAGCUGUGGUGGUGGUGACCCUGGACAUGGCUGAGGACUCCUUUGAUGACCAGUACCGUGGCUGUGGCCCUGCCAUCACUGCGACGUUGCCAUUCCUCAACUGCUCUGAGUUCUACCAGAACCGUGUGUUUGCCCAGAUCUGGGUGAAGGCUGCAUCGGAGUUGCUGAGGUGGGGGCCCCCUGUGACCACUCUGACCCCAGCCCAGGCCAUCGCAGUCAUGGCCUACACCGAAGGCCUGUAUGGCAUUUUCAAUCUGGCCAUGCGUGCAGCCGGGCACUCCUGCCAGGGACACCGGGACAAGUUCCACUUCAAAACUCUGCAUUUCCUGCUGACUGAUGCCAUGGCAACGCUGAGGAACAAUCUGCAAGGGCAGUGUUAUGACGUGUUCAUGGAGUUGUGUGGUUUGAAGCACAGCAUGGCGAUGCAGUCUGGUUUGGUCAAUUCAUGACAAUGGGGGCUGAUCAAACCGACGUCACAAUGCUCUGGGAAUGAGACGAUUUUCCAGGUGCACAUGUGCCAUGGCGUGGAUAUCAGCUUUUACUCUGCAAUUGGAUCUGGGGGUGUGCUGAUCCCACCCUUUGAGACCUUCAGUGUCACCGAAGUCACCUGGGAAGGGGACACGGCAAACAUUCAGCUCAGCUCCACUGGGACUUCCAGCAAAUACAACUGUGAGUGGCUGUGAGGUGAUGGCACAGGGGACAGCCUGGGGGGAUGGGCAACACCCACUGUGGCCUUGGGGACACCUCUGACAGGUCACAGGGGACAAUGACCCUCACUGGGGAUGGGGGACUGGGACAGAGACAGCCACAGUGUGUGGGGGGACAAGGAUACGCUGGGCUGGGGAGAUCAAGUCUGCAAAAAACCCAUUGUGGACACAGGGACAGGAACACUCAUGACAGGGCACGGAGAUGGGGACCCCCACUUCUGGAAGGGAACAUGGACAGGGAAACCCCUGCCAGGGGCAGCAGGGAGAGGGACAGAGACAGGGACCCCCUGUACCUACCUUGUCCCACUCUGCCAAAGGCCGAGCUGUGAUGACAGACCCUGUGAGCUGGACAUGGGUGGGCCGGACCUUCCCUGGCACUCCCAGAACCCCUGUCACCCCCCACGGCCCCUCUGACUCCUCCUGGCCCCUGUCAAUCCUAAGCCCACCAUGACCCCCCUAACAUCUCUGGCCUCUGUACCCUCCCCCCAUGCCCCCACUGACACCCUGUCACCUGUCACCUCAUGGCCCCCAUCUCUCCUGUCACCCCUAACACCCCACUAUGGUCAUCCCUGACCCCUUCAUUCUCCUCAUCGUUCCCCCAAUGCCCAACAUUGUCCCUCAGGUGGGAGUGUCCCCACUGCCCCCUUCCAUGCUGGAAGACUCCUCCUGGCCACCACGGCCCUGGCAGUGGCCACGGGAAUCUUCUGAGCCAUGAGGCCACUGAGAUCACUGUGGUCACAGUUGGAGCCAUGGCCACCGUGGCAACACUGGUUGCCACCCUGAUCACCAACACCAUCAGGAAUCCCAGAGAAAAGAGGCCAACAAGGCUACCAAGACCACUACAGGCACUCUGGCCACCCUGGCAGCUAUUGCUGACAUGAGGCCACCGUGGCCACCACAGCCACUGUGGCCACCAUGGCCACAAAAAUCACCAAGGCUUCUGUGGCCACCAUGAUCACCAAGACUCCCUCAGCCACAAUGCUACCACAGCCACCGUGGCUACCAAUACCAUUUUGCAAAGCAAUUCUAUUAAACAAUUCUAUCAAAAAAAUUCCCUUAAACAAUUCUGACAAAGCCAGCAAAAAAAUGACAAUUCUUAAGCAGGGCAUGAUGUCACACUCCAGAAAAACACCCGUGGGACUGUUUCUUUCUCUCAAACUCUAGGAGGAUCCUCAGGGAGGGAGGAACGUCAAACACAUUUCAUUCCAAGCAGGAACAGGGGAGAGGAAUCCCUGUCUGAGAAGGGAUUGGACAUACCCAGGGUCACAUGAUGGAAAGCCUGGACCAGCUGUGGUGCUUCACCCUUAGCUGACAGUUUGGGGUUGGUGCUUUGGAUUGAUUUUAGCCCAAUUCAACACCAAAAUCAGCACAAGACCCUCUCAAUGCAGCCCCGAUUGCCACAAUUAGGACAUUGUACUUUUUCCACAUUCCAGGCAGAGCCUCCUGCCACAUCCUGCACCUCAGGGAGACCUUAAAGGGUGGAAAUGGGGAGGUUCAAGAGGGCAAGGACAGGUCCUGUCCCUGGGGAGGGACAGUCCCCAGUGCCAGUCCCAGCUGGGGUUGGCUUGCUGGAGCAGCUGUGGAGAAGGACCUCAGGAUGCUGGUGGGAGACCAGUGGAGCUGGCUGUGUAGGCUGGGGCCAGGAGGGAUCCAGGAGUUGUUGGAAAGAGUGGGGCCAAGAGGUCAGGGUCUCUCCAUCCCAAACCAUUGCAGAGCCCCCGGGGCCGGGAUGGGGCAGGGCGGGCACUUGGAAGCUCCAGCAGCUCGUGCUGCCGCCUGCUGUUGGCACCCAGAACUGCAGCUGGGGGCGGCUCAUCCGCGGUGCCGCUAAUUUCCCAUGCUCGCUGCUGCCCUCCGGUGGACAAUUCCUGAACUGCAACUCCAGGCAAUGAGCGGGUAAAGAGGGAAAAUCCCUGAUUUGAAAGAAAAAAGUUUUCUGAGUGAAACAUCAUGGUUUUUUUUCAUCAAUAAAUGGGUGGUAUUGCCUCUGUC